UACAUAGGGAGAGACGACUAGCUAGUUUAUUGAUACGUUUUUACUUGACAUAUAAGUAUUUGGAAAUUUGGAUCAAGGGCGUUAUUUAUUUUUUAUAAUUCGGAAGUGUUAAUUUUUUAUUUUACAAUAUGGGAAAUUUAAUUAGUAUUAAUAUGGAAGAAAACUUUAAAAAGAACCAAGAAUUCAUUCAAUCAAUGAGUAAAAUAAGAAUGGAAAGACAAAUUCAAUUACAAUAUCAGGUACAGGAGCGUCAAAUGGCAAUGCAAAUAGCAAAAAAUAGAGACAUUUGUUUGUGGUUAACUACAUUCUAUAUUACAUCUGCUGCUGGAUUGUAUACUGGUUUUCGAAGAACAAAACGGUCGUAUUUUUUAUUUCCAUUGCUGCCUUUGACUUUUGUAACAUUAUAUUAUUGGGAUCUCGCAUAUGGAAAUAAAGUACAUAGGAUCAGGAUGGAAGCUGAACAUAUAAUGACACAUGAAGCAGACUCCUUAGAAUGGCCUUGUGGUUUACCAUCACCAUCUUCUAUAGACCAAGGUGUCAUGGAAACAGAAGAAAAAAAGAAGAUUCAUCCUCCACUUCUAUAAAAUAAUAUUUUUCAUAAUAAAGCUGUUCAGACGUGUGCCUUCACCACUUUGUAGUGAAAUGGCAGUUUUAGUAAAAUAAUAAAAAAAAAAAUAGUGAAUGCUAGUUUUUCAAAAUAUGCAUUCAAAAUAAGAAAUUUAAAUCAUCACUUACUGUUUUAUCGUACUAGGAUUAGCAAAAUUUUUGGAACAAUAGAUAUUUAGGUGAAAUAGUUAAAUUUUGCUUCAUAUAUUCUUAUGUUUGUUUUAUUAUUUCCAUAGUGAAACUAAAUCUACAACGAUCCAUCUCAAUUUUUAAGUCUUUUAUCAAUAAUGGUUUCAUAAUCGUACUUAAAAUUGUGACUCACAUUUUGGCAUCUCAUUAUAUUAUAUACAGGUAUUAUUAUAGUAGUUUAUAUUUACUUACACAAUUACUUAGGGCUGCUUUAGCAUUAAAUUCAUUCCGUCUUUAUCUGUUUGUAGUUAAUUUAAUGUGAUAUAGAAAUUUAGUCAUUAAUACUAUACAUGUUAUUUUCAUUCAAAAAACUUAUAGGUAUAAGUAUAUUAAAAUACUUAUUUCUGAAUUUUUCAUUUUUAGUAUAAAUACCUAAUGCAUUUAGAUUAUAUUUAAUUACUUAGUCUUUAUCUGUAAGAAAAGAAACAAUAAACCUAAGUACGCUUACUGUUAAAACAAUGCAAUGAUUCUUUUGUUCAUGUUAACUUUUUUUUUUUUAAUAUUAUAAGUAGAU